AUGGGUUUAUUCCAAGGUUUUGAUUUUUUGAUUUUACCUUCUAAAAGCCCUGCAAGGGUCCAAUUCUUCGUUCAGCUAAUCCAGAAUAAUCAAGGAACCGUCAAAGACGGCUUUACAACCGGAACUAUAAUUCUUGUUAAUGACUCCUUUGUGAGCGAUAAUGGUCACAUCAAUAAGCUGGAUAUCUUUCAAAGUGAAUGGCACUACGAUGAUAAUGUCUGGUAUGAUAUUAUAGAAUGUCGAGAGCUAAAGUGCUAUUCUUUGAGUUGGGUUAGCGAAUGUCUCAAGAACGGGGAAAUAGCUCAAAAUCCACGAUUUGAAGUUACUUUACCUGGUAGAGAGCUCAUAAAUUUAGCGAGUGAUGAAUCGGAUCAAGAAUCGGUAGAGAUGGAAAGAAGCUAUUCUGGAAAUAUUCCUAAAUUGCAUGAUUCUCAUGGCGAUUCAGAUGCGGAGACUGAUGUUGAAGCGAAGAGUGAUGUUACGGAUCAAGCGUUCGCUAGUCGUCAUGCAGACACCUCAGAAUUUGGUUCAGUUGGGAAGCAAAUUGCCAUUGAUACAACCGGCGGACUUAAUGGUACUCUAAUUACUGCUCUUGAGCAACUCGCGGAGAAAUACCGCCUCAAAGGGGACGUAUAUCGAAGUCGUGGCUAUCAAUUGGCAGUACAAUCGAUACGGGCUUACCACAAGAGACUAGAGAGCGGAGACGAGGCUGCAUCACUUCCCAAUAUUGGAAGCAGUAUUGCUAGCAAGAUUCAGACGUUACUCAGUACUGGCCUCUUGCCUGGACUAGAAGAAUCCAAAACCACGGAACGUCAGCUUCACUAUUUUAUGAAUUGUCAUGGGGUCGGAUCCCAUACCGCCAUGAAAUGGACACAACUUGGUGCAAAGACAUUUCGCGAUGCAUUCCAAUUGUCACCUUCGGAUUUCAAUUGGAGCGUUCUUUAUGGCUGGAGAUAUUUCAAUGACUGGCAUGUACGUAUCCCGCGGGAUGAAUGUGAUAAACACCUCAUAUUUAUAAAGGAUUCUUUGCGUGAAGUGGAUAAAACGGUCCAAAUUGAACAAACAGGCAGCUAUCGGCGUGGCAGCAAAACCUGUGGUGAUAUUGACACAGUAAUGUGGAAGCCAGGAUGUGAUGACAUUUUAGAAUUGUCACAUAUAUUGGAGAAGCUAGUUGAGAACCUUUACAAUAGAGGCUAUAUCAAAUGUCCAUUGAAUUUGAACUGGCGAUUGGGCGAAAUAUUUGAAAGCAAUGUCGAGAAACUUCUCGCUAUGGCGGGGUCCAACAGCACAUUCAUAAAGACCCCAAAAGUUUCAUUGAGAAGAUUUUACUUCGGUGGACGACUCCCAGCAGGCGAAUCACUCGAUCAUGGCACUGAAGCUGAUGCUCUUAAAUACGAAGAUUUAUACAUGUCGGAUUCAAAUGCCACGAACCGUUGCAGAAGGGUGGAUAUUUUGACCAGCAAAUGGAGUGAGCUUGGAUCAACUAUGAUCUAUUUUACGGGUAAUGAUGACUUCAACAAGAGCUUGAGACUGCGAGCAAAUAAUAAAGGUUGGAAAUUAAACCAUCAUGGGCUUUUCCAACGCCUUAACGACAGGAGCGGCGAUAAAACCUUGAUCGAAAGUUUUGACGAAAAAAGAAUAAUAGAGCUCUUGGGAGUCAAGUACGUGCCACCUUUCGAACGUAAUAUCGAGGGCUACAUAUAG